AUGAAAAACGUUGAUGAAAAGUCAAAAGAGAGAGACUCUCCAAAAACUCCGGGAGGAAUAAGUAAAUCGCUCUUAACUCCUAUUAGAAGACUCGGGCUUUCGCGCAAAUGGAAGAGAUCUGGAACUUCGCCGUUCGUGUCACCUCUUGCUAGUAAUGUCGUUAAAUCUAACGAAAAUGAACCAGAGAACACAAGAUCAAGAAAAAGAAAACUAUGUACAGCUGAGGAAAACGAAAAUGUACCUUUAUCGCCGGUCAGUGACAAUAAAAACCUGGACAAUAUACAAAUUACUUCCACACCUCCUGCUGUUCCAGUGAACACGGAAAAUACACCUAUCAGACGAGUUGCCAUUACACGUAAAAAGUGUGAAUCGUUCAUAUCAUCCUUGGUUGAUACCAAAACCACAGAUGGCAGUGCUUCAACGAAGAAACAAAAUAAUAGUGAACUGUUGGAGAAACAGAGCUUAAAUAAUUUUUCAACAAAAGCACAAAUCGAGAACACAGCCUCAAAGGGAAAAACUAAUAAUGUUAUAGUAAGUAGAAAUAAAUCAUUAAAAAAAGGAGUGUUAGAAGUGAGCAGAGAUAUGAAACAAACUGAAGCAAGAUCUAUUACAAACGAAGAAAGUGAUGGUUAUUUACGAGACGAUGAAUUGGGUAUCACUAAAAGUGAGCCAAAAGUGCCCAAUCUCAGUAAAGAAUGUAUUGUGGUCAUACAGAAGAGAAUAUUAAAGCCAGUGAGAGAAGAAAAUUAUACUGCAAAUAAUUCUGCUACAAACAAAGAUAACUCCAUAUCACAGGUUUUAUUUGAUUCUGAUUCAGAUGAUACACCUUUAAGCCAUUUGAAUAAAACAGACACAAAGCAAAAAUGUGAAAUUAUAGACAAAGAAACUUUAGAUGGUGAUUUCAUUGAUACCAAAAUUGACAACACAGCUAAAGAGGAGUUAACAACAAAAGAGGCAUCAAGCAGCAAUCAUAAAAGACAUGCUUCUAAAACAGUAAUUGAAACUAAAAAACAUAAUAAAAAACCAAACCAUAAACAAAGAUCGGAACAAAUUCUUGUUGGUAAAUCAUCCCAAAAGUUAAACGACUUUGACGAUGAUGAUGACGAUUUUGAAUUCAACAGAAAAACAAUAUUAGUGAGGAAGUCUUAUGAUAAAGUUGUUAAACCAUCAAAGUCGAAAUCAACUGGUUCGAUUACGCAAAAGGAUAUAGAUGAGCUAAAAGCCAGAAUAGAGAUGAAGAAAAAACUCCUUAUUGCUAAAGCGAUGAGCAAUGAUACAGAAGAAUUAAGAAGCUUGAUAAAAAAAUGGCAGAAAGGGUGCCAGGAAGCUUUAAUGGAGUUGUUGGAUUUAAUGAAAGAGAAAUUACCGGAUCAUUCAAAUAUGAAUUAUUCUUAUAUAUUAGAAAUGUUAAAGAUUCCACCAUCACUUGUGGGGUAUGAUGAGGAGAAUGAAUGUUUUAACACCCCAGAUGACAACAGCAUUCUUGGGGUGGCAUUUAAUGAAAUA